GUUAUAAUGGCGGAGGAUGAAGAUGGUGUUUCGGACAAAAAAUCGCCUCAAAAUUCAAAUAAUUCGGAAACCACUGACGGUAACCAGCCCAGCACAUCAAAGCCAGAUUUAGGCAUUGAGGAGGCUAAAUACGAUAGCAAAGAAAAUGGCCAUAAAUCUCCAACAGAGCCGAGUAGUUCAUCAUCAAAAACGGGAGCGAUGCGCAAGGAGGAUAACCCCUUUUCGUUUCGACAUUUCCUGAAACGGGAUCUCUCAUUACCGGGCAAUUCAACAUACGAGAACACCGGCGCAAGACCGAAGGUUUACGCGAACACAGUGCAGCAUUCACCAACUAGAUUAGACAAAAUAGACAUUCAUAGUGAUUCGAGACGUGACAAGAAUCGUUCCAACGAAAAUAAAGCCAAAGAAAAGAAAAACGACCUUGUGGUACAUCGUAAUAGUGAGGACGCGUCUUCGAGUAGUUCAGUAGAAAUUCCCUUUAGUGUAGUUGAAGAAUCCGAAUCUAAGCACAAUUAUUACGCAGAUAGUUCAGACGGGCCGUUCUUCCACAGGCCUAAUCUGGCAUCUGAGCCCCUGGGCAUGCCAUCACUUCCUGAUUUUGUUCAAGAUCACAUUUUAGUGGAGCAAGCGUAUUUAAACUCGAACGGACCUAUAUCAGUGGAUCUUGACAAUUUACCAGAUUUUACAUAUACCAAUUCCAAUUACAAUGCUGGUUCUUCUUCAUCGCUUGGUAGGCGAAACAAGAAUAGCUAUGGUAGCAAUAGGAAUUAUGACUAUGAUGCUUAUUUGGGUGCUGCGUCCACGUCCGCGGAGUCCGGCCCGUCGAACCGCAACAUCCCGUUGGACCUCCCUGUGGGAGCGGAAGCAGCUCCUCCACCUUUGGACUUAGUGCACCUAAACUUGGAUCUCACUGAGUCAGUGAAUCCCGCUGACAGAAGGAAUGUUUCACCACGAAAUAACUUUCCGCUGGACCUUCCACCUAAUGCUGGUGCGGAGUCGAUGCGAUUACCAGACUUCCUGCCCGUCCACCCCGGCAGGACCUCGCCCGAGCCGCAAGCGCAGAACGAACAGUUACAGCAGCUCGUGGAAUUGGAACGGACCAGGUCCGAACUAUUCAUGGAGCGCAACAGGCGGCUUCGCGCUGAGGAAGAAUUAAACUCGGGAAGGGAAGCCAUCCGUUUGCUGCGAGCUGAACUCAGCGCCGUCCGAGCCGCCGAGACGGCGCUGAGAACUCAACUCGGUGACGUCAGACUCGCUGAGACGGCGCUGAGAACACAACUCAGUGACGUCAGACACGCUGAGACGGCGCUGAGGACCCAGCUCAGUGACGUCAGACUGUCUGAUGAGACUGUGCACCGGGAACAUAACUUCUUGGACGCAGCGGCUCGACCCGCUGAGCCUGAAUCUACAGUUGUGGAGUUGAAAAAUGAAAUAAAGCGACUACAGGAGGAAUUAUCGUCCUCUCAAGAGGAGGUCCGGACCCUUAGAGCUGCCUCUAGUCUCGCUGAAACCUCACUACGGGAGUUGCUGUCAAACCUGGAGCGACUGCGGACACAAAACCGAGAGCCGACCUGAUAUUAACAUCUCUCGCUGUGUAUCCGACGCUCACUCUCGGCUAAAGUGACUCAUUUUGUUGCAUAACUAUUUAAUUUAUUAUCAAAAAAUCAUGAUUAUCAUUUCUUUAUAAUUGACUUUCAAUUGCAGUUUGAUUUUUAAGUCACUUUGCUUAAAAGAGUCAUAUUGUAUAAUGUAUGGUUCUCAUAUUUGAGAUGUACUCUAGUGUAUGCGAUAGGCAUAUCAGUCCUGACAAUCAACUAAAAAAAUUGUAUUAAUAAAUAUACAAAAUAUAUAUCUUUUAUAUCGUUCUCAUAACGAUAAUGGUACACUGCUGGGUUUUUAACCGACUGCGACGGAGGAUUGAUGUUCUUGGAGCGAAUGUAUGUAUGUGUUUGUAAAUAGUCUGGUGGAUAUUGUAUGAUCAAGCGGCUGAACGAAAUACUCAUGUGUGAAGCAGCUCCAUUUAGUAUUUAACUGUGGAUCCUCAUAUUAAUGUAUUAUGAAUAACGAAAUGAUAAAUAAAUUCUUGUAUGCCAAAGGCGAAAAGUGUAAUUUCAUUCUCUUUGUGUAGGAUUAAGGACGCGUUCUUAAAUCGAAAUGUCGUAAGAACUUCCUAUUAAAUGCGUUCAGCGUGACAAUAUAAAAUAACCCUUAAUGACACAUGUUUAAAGUUGAAAACUUAUGCGCUAUAUUUUUUUUUUUUAUAUUUCUAUUCGCAAAAUGAAUUAAUAAUCUAUGUGUGGGAAUUAUUUGAUUAAGUUUCAUUGCAUCACAAAUUAGGGAAAUUUAAUUUUGUUUGAUUUGUUAACGCGCCUUAAUUUAAAUUUAAUCAACCAGUUAAUCUUUCUUCAUAACUUAAAAUUUUGUUCAAAUUAUCACUAUGCUUAAAUUGUACAUAUAUAUAAAUGAUGCAAUUGUAAAUUAUCAUACCAUAGCAUUUAAAUAUCUAAUUUUCUCGAUGGAUUUCGCUUAUCAUUCAGUUAAAUCUAAUUGUAUAACGAUUUGACUUUUACUUACAAAUCAGUAUCGAAAUAGAAUAAAUAUGUUUUACUUUUAACACAGAUUCAAGCAACUGAUAUUUAAUAGAUUACUGAAAAACAACAUAGUGUAUGUUGAUUCUUAUUCAUGCUUCAUCAUCUCCUGGCAUAAACUACAUGAGAUAUCACUCUUACUUAAAAUUGAUUACGUGUAAAUAACUUCUGUACAAAUAGGCUUUCGUCUAUGAAUUAUUUAUUGAACUUAGAAUAAAUAAUACAUAAAACAACUUGUGGGUAUAAUCGUGUUGAGAUAAAUCAUGGAAAAUAUAUUUAAGUAUCAAAAAUGGGGCUCGGAAUCUAAAAUCUAAAUUAUAUUGGUGUUUUGGCCGUAUUCAAUGUGACAGAUCUUCGGAUUACUAAUUAUUAAUUUAAAUUGUAAAGUACUGUAUAGCAGUAGCUAUGGUGAAAUUGGCGAUUUUUCAAUACUCUUGUAAACUAAUAAUUGGGGCGGUAAUGUAAGGGAAAUAGAUAUUUUGGAUAUUUAAGAAAAAUAAGUGGAUGUUUACGAGUAUUGAAAAUUGUGCCAUUUAUGUAUUAAUAAGUGUUUGUAUGGAAAUAUGUUAUGUUUUUGAAACUCGGAAUAUAACUUAUGUGAGCCUGAGGAUAAUAAAAUUAAUUAUAAAUA